GUGUUCGCCAUCACUGGGAGAAGCAGGACCCCUGACAGCUCUAAAAACAGAACGCGGGUUCACGUUUAACCAAAGUUUCCUCGCGAUUAAAAGUCAGGGAGGAAAAUGUCGCCGCGGACCCGCAGCUCACGAUGUGUCGCUGUUGCUGCAAAAGAGUGAAGUUUUUCUCCCGAGCGGCUAAACGCAAGCUGGCUAACGCGGAGAGCUAACGGCUAAAGCUAAAGCUGCGCAGUUUCGUUUCACAGAAAACUCCCACCCCGUCUGCGAGCUGCCAGGAGCUCUCACUUCACUUCAGAGUUUCACCACUUUAAACUUAUGGUGGACGGUGGAUGACCGAGCCUAGAAGUAACCGCUGGCAGUUGCACGGAAUCGGACACAAUCCACAAUGAAGAGAAGAGCCGAAGCACCGCCAAUCCCACCGACGGGGACAAAGCUGUGUCGUGAAGACAGCAGCUCGGACGAGGAGUCACAAUUAUCCCGACAAGACUCCAGCCAAAAUGACUCCCUCAGUGACCAGGAGGAGCAGAGACCAGGGUUCUCCAUGCCCUCCAUAUCAUCCUUUGAUGGACAAGACACAGACGCCCCCUCAGACAACCCCUCCGACAACCCCUCCAAGUUCACUAUGUACAACAGUGUGUCACAGAAGCUCAUGGCCAAGAUGGGUUUCCGUCAGGGCGAGGGUCUGGGGAAGUUUGGCCAGGGACGCAAGGAGAUCAUAGAGGCUUCGACCCAGCGAGGAAGACGGGGUCUCGGCCUCACGCUGCAGGGCUUCCAGGGGGAGCUCAAUGUCGACUGGCGCGAUGAAUCAGAGCCCAGUCCUGUAGAGAAGGUAGAUUGGUUCCCGGAAUGCACCACAGAGACCCCAGAUGCAGAUGAACUGAGGGACUGGAUGAUUCUGGGAGAGAAAAAACUCAAGAUCGAGGAAGAGACAGAGUUUUGCACUGAAGAUCUUCUGCACACUCUUCUCAGGUGCAAGAGCAUAUUCGAUGACCUGGAGGGCGAGGAGAUGCGGAGAGCUCGGACACGCUCCAACCCUUACGAAACAAUCAGAGGAGGGAUCUUCCUCAACAGAGCAGCUAUGAAAAUGGCUAACCUCGACCACUGCUUCGACCACAUGUUCACCAACCCAAAGGAUCCGAAAGCGCUGCCUCUGACAAAGGACCGUGAUGGGGAGCUCCUGUACUUUGCUGACGUGUGCGCGGGGCCCGGAGGCUUCUCAGAGUACAUCCUGUGGAGGAGACGCUGGCACGCCAAAGGCUUCGGCAUGACGCUGAAAGGACCCUGUGACUUCAAACUGGAAGAUUUCUUCGCUGCGCCGAGCGAGCUGUUUGAGCCCUACUACGGUGAGGGAGGGGUGGACGGAGACGGGGACAUCACUAAGCCAGAAAACGUGACGGCCUUUAGAAACUUUGUGUUUGAGAGCACAGAGAGGAGAGGGCUCCACUUCCUCAUGGCAGAUGGGGGGUUCUCUGUGGAAGGUCAGGAAAACAUCCAGGAGAUCCUGAGCAAACAGCUGCUGCUCUGUCAGGCCCUCACUGCUCUCUCUACCCUCAGGACAGGUGGCCACUUUGUGUGUAAGACCUUUGACCUAUUCACUCCCUUCAGUGUGGGUUUGGUCUACCUGAUGUACCUCUGCUUCGACAGGAUCUGUCUCUUCAAACCGAUCACCAGCAGACCGGCCAACUCUGAGAGGUACAUCGUGUGCCGUGGUCUGAAGCCCGGAUCAGAACCCGUCAGGGAAUACAUGUUCAGAGUCAACCUGAAACUGAACCAGCUGAAGAACUCGGAGAGAGACGUUACAGAUUUGGUUCCGCUGAGUAUCAUCAAGGAAGACACGGAUUUCUAUCCAUUUAUGGUCAACUCCAAUGAGAGGCUCUGCGUUGUCCAGAUCAAGGCCUUGGCCAAGAUCCACGCUUUCGUCGUCGACUCGGAACUUUCAGAGACGAGGCAGGCCGACAUCAGGAAGCAAUGUCUGAAGCUAUGGGGGGUACCAGACAAGGCCAGGGUCACUCCUGCUCCCUCAGACCCAAAGACAAAGUUCUACGAACUCAUCAAGAAUUUGAAUGUGGAGUCGUUCCAGUCCAAGCUCACAUCUCUCAACCCCACAACCCUUGAUAAGCUGCGUCAUGUACUGGACCACAAGUGCAUUGUGGGAGGUGGAGAGCAGAUCUUUCUUCUCGCGCUCGGGAAGUCUCAGAUUUACACUUGGGACGGGAAGAUGCCUGUUCGCUGGAAGAAGCUGGAGAACUUUAAACUGGAGCUGCCAAGAGAUACGCUUCUGAGCGUGGAGAUCGUCCAAGAGCUGAAGGGCGAGGGAAAAGCUCAGCGGAGAAUCAACGCAGUUCAUGUAAUGGACGCACUAAUACUCAACGGCACUGACGUAAGAGACCAGCACUUCAACCAAAGGAUCCGAAUGGCUGAGAAGUUUGUGAAGGCGGUGGCCAAACCAAGCCGACCAGACAUGAACCCUAUCAGAGUGAAGGAGGUGUACAGGCUGGAGGAAAUGGAGAAAAUCUUUGUCAGACUAGAAAUGAAAGUAACAAAGAGUUCAGGAGGAAUCCCUCGUCUGUCCUACACCGGCAGAGACGACCGACACUUCCUUCCCACUGGCCUCUACAUCAUCAAGACUAUCAGUGAGCCGUGGACUAUCGCGUACAGUAAGAACUCCAAGAUGAAGUUCUUCUAUAAUAAGUUAACCAAGGCGUCCACCUAUGAAAUGCCACCAAACUGUGCUGCUCCCUUCAACGUCUGCCACGCUGAGCGUCUCUUCUGGGCCUGGGUGGACGGCGUCAUCGUUCACGACUCUCAGACCCGCCUGGAUCCCGGGAAACUGUCCAAAGACAAUAUUCUGUCCUUCAUCCACCAGAACUACCAUCCCUGAGGCCGCCACCACGCCAGAAUGCACUAAAUGAUGGCGGACGUAGAGCCUUAUGUUCUAAUGCAGUUUUGCAGUCAUCAAAAAUACUCAGCAGCCGAUUGAAAAUGUGUUUUUGAAUUCCCUGUUUUUAUUCUUCUGUUUGUAAUCUGCUGUUUGACCAUUUCCACGUCCUCUCGUACCAUCAUGUCAUGUUGCUUAGAGAGACAAUGGGCAGGUUGUUAUUGAAGUGCUGGAGCUGAAAGGGAUUUUCCAGCGGUGACAUCCGGACUCCUUAUAAGCAACCGGCAUUUGGAAAAAACCCUCUUGUCUUCUGCCUCCUCCACUGCCCUUGGCUCUAUGACCUCAUCACGUAGGACAAGGAGAAGACAAAAGGCUGCCGCCAUCGUCUCUGCAUUGAAUUGCAUGUCCCUGUUGGAGUGUUUUCUUUUUCUUUGGUUCUUGGGAAAAUGCUUGUGUGUAUCUGCAUCCAUCAGAUCAACAAUGACACAUAGGGUUACAGAUGUUACAACUAUGCAUCUAUAUGUCUCGCUUGCCUUACUCAACAACACAACUGCUCCUCUGCCCGUCUCCGAGGAGAUGAACAUCUGUUUUCUCAGUCUUACAAAUAGGCUCCUUGUUGUUGCUCCUGCCAAAUUUCCAGCUGAAGCCUCAACGCAACAAACCCAUUCAUCUUGUUCUCAAUCAUUGUCGGCACAAUUUCCACGUUGUUGAUGUAGCAGCUGUUCUUCCAUUCGAACGUGAUCUGUCCUCGAUCGAAAAGUGUCUUUUUGGUUUUUAGGUUGUUUCUCCUCCGGCACUUUGUUGUGAUUUUGCCUGGACUGUGUUGUUUCUUAAACCAUGCAAAUGAGUUUUGUUCUCUUGUAAACUUAGCUACCGACCAUUUUAUGUAAAUAAUAGUAUAGUAAAUAAAUGGGAGAUGCUGAUCCUAGAA